CAGCAGCGAGCGGACACUCCGGGAACUUCACUCAGUUUGUUCCCCAGCGGAGCGCGUUCCUCCCACGGGUCCCGGACCACGCUGAGCACGCGCACGGAGCGGGUCGGGUCGGGCCUCCGGGGUUCGGAUCUUUCCCGCUUUUUGAUUUUCUGCCUGAAGUGGAGCUUGCGCGACUUUUAGCUCCGCGGAGUGUGCGUGCGUAAAUCUGCGCGCCUGGAAACUCCGUGGGAUGACGCACGCGCUCACCGAUCGAUUGUUUGACUGAUAUAUUGACGGGCACGCGGUCCGAGACUCGCCAUGGACCCCGUUCAGCUGAUGAUGAUGAUGAUGAUGGUGAUGAUGAAGAUGUCUGACAGCAGCAGAUCAAUGGAGGUGUUCGGGGACCGAGCAGCAAGAAGCAAACGCUAUGCCAUCAACCCUCUAGGACACAAGUGGACUCACCAUAACAUCACGUACAGGAUCAUCAAGUUCCCCAACACCCUGAAUGUGGAGGACACCAGGAAGGCCAUCGGCAUCGCCUUCACAAAGUGGAGUGACGUGUCUCCGCUGACCUUCACCGAGGUUACUGACGGCAACGCUACCGCUGACAUCACCAUCGGUUUCUACACCUUCAACCACACGGACUGCUGGUGGUCUCCUCUCCACCCGUGUUUCGAUGGGCUGAACGGCGAGCUGGCGCACGCCUUCCUGCCACCACGGGGAGAAAUUCACUUUGACAACCACGAGUUCUGGAUCCUCGGGAAGUCGCGCUUCAGCUGGAAACAAGGAGUCUGGCUGAACGACCUGGUCCAGGUGGCGGCACACGAGAUCGGCCACGCUCUGGGUUUGUGGCACUCCAGAGACCCUCAGGCUCUGAUGCAUCCCAACGCCACCUACACCGGACAGAGGAACAUCGCCCAGGACGACGUGUGGGGCAUCCAGAGACUCUACGGUUGUCUGGAUAAGAAGCGAGUCUGCGACCCGUGGGCUCGGCUCGGCUUCUGCGAGCGAAGGAAGACGUUCAUGAAGAAGAACUGUCCUCAGCGCUGUGAUUUCUGCUACGAGCCUCUGGAGGUGGUCACUACAGCAACACCGCCGGCAGCCAACACGAAGAUCAAGAUGGUUCCUCGGGGAAAGGUGGUGGGUUUCCGCUGUGGGACCAAAAGCACCCGCUCACCCCCCAAAAUCAGCUGGUACAAAGAUGGCGAGCAGAUCCUCUCAUCCAUUCCAGGGUACAUCGUCAUGAAGGACCGAGACUUGCGCAUCGUCGCCAACGAGUUCAACGAAGGCGUUUACACCUGCCGCGUCCAUCGCCGUGGCGACAUCGUCUCUGCAAACUCCUGGGCUAUCAGACUGAAGCCGGAGCAGGCAUCCAACAGCUGAAGACGACAGACAGGAAGUGACCUGACAGGAAGCAUGGCGUCUGUGGACUUUUUUCCUGACUUCAAGGGACUUUAAACAUUAAAGAACAACGAACCAUUGGCAGCUCUGUGAUGUCACGGCGCCACAUCCUCAUGACUGCGAAUGACAUCACAAUGUGUAAAGUGGUGACUGAGCUGACUGGAUGGCGUUUUGGUGAUAAGCAGCCUGCUGCUCAUCUACGUGAGAAUAUUUCUGUAGCCUGUAGGAACUGUGGCGUUUGACCCCGCCCACUUUAGUUGCAGCGGUUGAGUUAAUUACUUAGCAACGACAGUCAUGUAAUCCCUCUUUGCCCUUUGACCUUUGCUUAGACUUGUGUCCUGUCAGACGCUGUUCCUCUGUCCUCCAUCAUGGGGAAGCUGUUUCACAUCUUUGUGCACUUCCUGUUUCCCCCGCCGGCCCGUCCUCACCGCCACGAUUUGAGUGCUGGACUGACGUAGAGCAGCUUUGCAUGAUUCACAGUUCAGACUAAUCCCGCCUCACAAACAGCACGGCAGCGCUCUGAAUGCGAGUGAUGGGCACUAUGACAGGUGUGAGUCCUUCACCCAGUAAACUGGUGGUGUCCUCUUUCUGUCCUUAAUGUGUGAAAUUUGUUUGUUGUUUUGUUGACAAAUUACAGAAAUAAACAGAAACAUUUUAGUA